AUGGGUAAUCUCCAAUACAUCUUAGUGUCGUUUUUGAUACUAACCAGUGCUAUUAUAUAUCGAUUAGUUGCACUUCGAGUUACGGAACCAUUUAUCGAUGAAAUUUUCCAUUUACGCCAGUGUCAAACUUACUGUGACUAUAGAUUUGACGAAUGGGAUAAUAAGAUCACAACUCCUCCAGGGUUAUAUUUGUUAGGGUUUGCUUAUACCAACUUGAUACGGGUGAUUGGGAUGAAUUCUUCCAGCUUGGAUGCUAUAUGUGCAGAUAAGAACAUAUUGAGAUCUUUGAACUUGGUUGGGGGACUUGUUGCUUUCCCCUUCUUUCUUUGGUUAUUGAAGAAAAACAGUAAUUAUAGUUUUUGGAUCUUGAAUGUUAUAACGAUUCCCUUGAUAUUCCCUUACUACUUUCUUUUCUAUACUGACGUAUGGGCAAGCAUUCUUAUAUUGGCAUCAUUAGUACUUGGAGUUACUCCAGUAUUUAAGGACUUGCACGUUAAUAUUGCAUUAAGUGGAAUACUUGCGUUCGUUAGUUUAUGGUUCAGACAAACUAACAUUAUUUGGAUUGCGUUUGUAAUGUCACUUGUUAUUGGAGAACGCUCUAAAACGGACGGCUCAAUUGUUGGCAAUUUUGUUAGUUUUGUUAAGCAAUUCUUCAAUGAUUGGUAUUUAACGCUUCCAUAUUUUGCAAAUAUUGUGUUAUUUGCUAUAUUCAUUAAGAAGAAUGGUGGGGUAGCUUUUGGAGAUAAAGAUAACCAUACUAUUGGGUUACAUCUAGUUCAAGUAUUUUACUGUUUUACUUUUAUAAUUGGGUUGUCUUUGCCGCUUUGGUUGUCAGUAAACCAUUUGAAGAAAUACGCAAGAUUUACAGUUCUUGGUAAUUACGGAUUGAAUCUUGUUAUUACAGUCAUUUCGUUUACUUUGAUCAAAUACAUUAUUGAUAACUAUACCAUUGUUCAUCCAUUUUUGUUGGCUGAUAACAGACAUUAUACAUUUUACAUCUAUAGAAAGGUGUUGAAACAUCCCAUGAGUUUUAUUGUUACUGUACCGUUAUAUCAUUUUUCAUUAUGGAGUAUAGUUGAGAUUUUAAAUUCCAGUGGUCUCUUAAAUCCUAUGAAUAUAAUCACGUUUGUCGCCGGUACAAUCCUUACAAUUAUUCCUUCACCAUUAUUCGAACCGAGAUAUUACAUUGUGCCAUUUAUAUUUUUCCGUAUUUUUAGUAAGCCUCAACAAGACUCAAGCCAGUUAUUUGAAUUUUAUUGGAACAUGCUUAUUAACUCGAUUUUGUUUUUUGUCUUCUUUAGCUACGAGUUCAAGUGGGCAAGUGAAGGAGAUCUUAUACAAAGAAUUAUUUGGUAA